GCCUGAGUUCUUAAACAUUUCCCGUCCUGCAUCCAGCACCCUGGACUCAGCAUCUAUCUGUCUUGCUCGCCCAUCAGGCUCUCUGAGGACAGCUCAGCUGGCCCAGGCUCCCCUCCCUGGAGCUGCCCCCAGAACCAUGGAGAGUCUGAGUGAACUGCAGAACCCUUUGCUGCCUCGGAGCCCCGCCCCCCUCCAUGGCCCUUACCCCUACCCCGAGGCUUCGCCCAGCUGGUCAUGCCAGGAGAAGCUCUACUCCUACCUCCUGGGUGGUGCUGGCUCUGCUCGCACCCAUCAGCUCCUGGACCCAGGAUCCCUGCAGCUGGCCGUGGAGGCCUGGUACAGGCCCACCUGCCUCCUGGGGAGGGACAAGGUCAAGGAAGCCAGGGCAAACAGCUGUGAGACCAGCUUCACAGAGAACAGGGAGCCCCAGGCGGGGCCUACGCUGCGGUCCACAGAACCUGGCCAAGUAGAAGAGGAUGUCACCAUCCAGACUGUGUCCUACGGGGUUCAAGAGGAGCAGCAGGGCCAGGAGAAUGACCAGGAGGAGGAGGAGGAGAGUGAUGUGACGUCGACAGACAGUGAAAGUGAAGACAACUUCGUGGCGCUGCCGCCCAGGGAUCACCUGGGCCUUACUAUCUUCUCCAUGCUCUGCUGUUUCUGGCCCCUGGGCAUCGCUGCCUUCUACUUCUCCCAGGGGACCAGCAAGGCCAUCUCCAAGGGAGACUUCCGCCUGGCCAGCACCACCUCCCGCAGGGCCCUCUUCUUGGCCACACUCUCCAUCGCCGUGGGCGCCGGUCUCUAUGUGGCCGUGGUGGUGGCUCUGGCAGCUUACAUGUCCCAGAAUGGCCAUGGCUAG